AUGUCCAACAAUCCAUUCACCUCUUCCUACAGCCAGGGACGAGAUGGCUCGAAACCAGCCAACCUACAGCUGCCGCAGAUGCCGACCUUCCCCCUCUCGUCUCCUAUCAGCGAGGAGCUGCUCACCCCGUUCGACGACCUCGACUCAUCUCCAGACCCUUCCAACCCGUUCACAUCACCAGAGGACGCCGAGGUGCAGAAAUUCAACUCUAAUAACCCGUUCCUGACGUCGAAGGAAGGGUUGGGCGGUAUAUCAAAGCUCAAGGGCCGUUGGGGGACAGUGAAGCAGCCGACUCGGGCGAGUGUGACGAAGAAGAAGAAUAGACCUGGAUUGAACCUGGUGACGAACUUUUCGGCGCCUGGCGCGCAGAAUAGAACACACCAGUGGGCAUUACAGCAGCAACAUCAGGAGGGGAGACAGAUCAUCGGUCUGAGUGAGUUGCAGGAGAUAUAUAAUCCAUCUACUACGGUGAACUCAAAGAAUGUGCUAGUCGAUACCUCUCAGUCCAAACCCAAGUCAAGGGCAGCUCGCGUUGAGAAGCGUCAGUCGGCACGAAAGAUUCCCCCGCGUUUAUUCCAGAAGCCUUCAUCGGAGGUGACGGUAUCACCUUCUGAUCGACCCAUCGUCAUCGGCGUAUCAGUACCACUGGGCUCGCCGGCAGCACUGGCGUUUAGCUCAGAUGCAAGGUCUACACCAGGUAGAACGGAUAGUAUACACAGUCUACGCAGCCACGGCAACACUCCAGUCACACCCACCAUAGUCGUGACGCCUGCUUGUGAAGAACGCGUGUGGGCAGAGGAAAAGAUGGAGGAACCAACACGGCAAAGACCCAGGCCAGCAUCAAGUAUCUACUCGCAAGCUACGCCAAUGAUAAGAGGCAUUCAUAGAGAAGAAGACAUUCCCCCUGUGCCUGCCCUGCCACCACCAGAAACAUACGCCAACAGCCAUGGAGUCGAGGGCCCCUUUGGAAGCAUGGAGGCAAUAUCAGAACGACGACGACGCGUUCUUUCAUCAGGGACCAUGUUUGAGGAAGACUGCUCACCCAAGCAGGCUCCGCUACCGAGAUCAUUCUCCAACAAGGAACAAGGCCAGAACGACGGUGGACUAGCUCCAGCUUCGAACCGUCUCAGUCUUGAGACUAUAUCUCCCCGUCGUCGAUCAGAGGGGUGGUGGAACUAUCUCCUAUCCCCUCUCUUAUCCCGCUCUAGCACCAUGACUACCAUCAACACCAUUCACCGCACCGGAUCCUUAGGAGAGGCUGAAGAGCGGCCACCCAUGCCAGUAUUACCGAGAAAUGCACGACUACACCUGGCAAUACCAAACCAAAGCAAUGAUUCAUUCCUGACAAACAAGGAGUGGCGUGACAAGCAGGUCUCCGUCUUUUCACCCAUCACUCCAGAAACAGCCACCGAAAAGGGGUCACCAUCCCCCAAGGUUUCAGGUGUAGGUGCUGCCUGGCGCGAACGACUGGUCUCUGUCUUUUCACCCAUCACUCCUGAGAGUGCCGGGGCUAAGGAUAAAAGAAUCCAGAGUAACGUCACAGAAUGGCCGGAUAUUGACCACUGGUACUUUCAGCAGGAGAAGAAGAUGAAGGUCGGAACUAGCAAUCUUACUAUCAACACUACCAACACCAGCAAUAAGGGUCAUGCCACCGGUACACCUAAGCAUCUGGACAGUGAAGAGCAUAGAACCUCUCUUUGCUCCGCAGUGACAUCGCAGUCGAUCCCAUUCAUGAUGUCAGAUCCAGGUAGUCACCACGCCAGCGUCAGUACCGGCCCCAGUCAUACUACUCGGAAUGUAUCGAAUGGUCGAUACUUUGCCAAUUAUUCAAGCACAUAUGACAAUACUCCGCCUCGACCUACAAAUAGGGACUCCGAUUCAACUAUCCGCAGGCCUGAUACCCACAAGGACCAAAACACAAACAACCCAUUCUUUCAACAGUUCGUCGAUGAUAUACGGGCUGACGACGGCAGGAGGCGUUCCGACUCUGCAUCUACGAUGAUCGAGGAAGAUGAACCCGAGAUAUCCCCCAACGUCCGCCAUGCAACAGCAACCCCUAUCUUUCACAACGCCAUGCCAACGAUGGUCGGAACCCGACGACCGCCUCCGAUAGUACCACCGACACCUGCAGUUCCCUCAAGAGCUAGUGUAGCGAGCGCUGAUUCCUCUGGCUCUCCCGAGUCAACUCCCCAACGGCCAAAGGAUAAACUAGCAGGCAUAGGCACUAUAAAACGCAAGGGUGUUCCCAAAUACCGUGCCAUCUUACCGCCAGAUAGACAGUCACCGCUAGAAUCUCCUGGCCCUCUCUCCCCGGAAGCUCAAGCGACGCUGAAUGCCGGCGGCAUCCCUAUGUGCGAUGUUCCCCUCGUUCGUCGACCAGAUAGGACUUAUCUUUUACCAACGUCUAAUUCAUUACCUCGUCACCCAAAGGUAUCGCCGGUUAUUCUCCAGACUCCCAUUAUCCGUUCGACUCCUAAAAUUGGGCCUAAGAUUGGAAUCAAAGAUCUACCGUCCGUGACUGAGAUACAGAGGAAAAAGAUAAUGCGUAAGGAAGUGGUUGGUGAAGAUGGGAGUUUCUGGCGUGGACAAAAGUGCCGGUGCAAAAAGGGGUGUGCUGGCGGACGAGAUUGCGAAGGCAGAAAGAAACGAAGAAAGUGCAUCUUGAUCAUCAUCAUUUUGAUACUUCUUCUUUUGAUUGGGUUAGGUGUUCUGCUGGGCGUGUUUCUUUCAAGAAAACAUCCUGGUCAGGGGGCUCAGCGACCACCAGGGUCAUCACCACAGCCAACGCCUGGUCAGCAACCUGGAGAGAACAUGGGAGAUAAUCGAUGGUUAAAUCUAACCGGAUAUCCACCUAUUCCGACAGGCAUAUCUACUGUUGCCGGCCCGAAUGCUGCGGGUAUCAAUUCAGGUUGCAUCGCGCCUACGAGUAUGUGGAGUUGUUCCCUACCAAAGGAGAUGCAAGAUGCGAAUAGCCCAUUUGAUGCCGACCAACCGCGGUUUAAGAUCGAUAUUCGGUUCAAGAACGGGACGUACGAUCAUAGUACCACGGUUGCCGAUAAGGGGAAGAGAGACUUAAAUGUCUUCUCCAACUUGCUAGCACUUAGAAGCUGGGCAAAGCUACAACAUCCUAUCGAGCGUCGAGACGACUUCACUCCCUCUCCUGCACCCCCGACUCUAGAAGAGCAAUCAUUCCUCGGCAACACAACUGAUAAAACGGCAAGCCCCUUCGAAGGCGAAGAAACGCCCUUCUUCGUGACUGUUCUCAACACGGCACCGCCCAAAGGCGUCCCAGGAACCGACAAUAACUCUCAUCGCCGGCGGGAUACCGAGGGCUUCCCAGACCUCUCCAAGCUUAUCCCCCCUCCCGCCCUUGACACUGACGGCACCGCGGCUCCCGCAUCCCUCUACCCCCUCACUAUCUCACAGCCCUUACGCCUCUAUGACCGUGGCCUACCGACUGAGCACUACGGUUUCUAUACCUACUACGACCGAUCAAUCUUCCUUAAAUCGUCCCGUCCAAUCGGCGACUCAAAAGAAACAGGAAAUAUCCCUAGCGAUCUAAACGGUGGCUCUACAAAGUCCGCCGCAAGCGUACAAUGUACAUGGGCACAAACCAGAUUCCUCGUUCAGAUCUGGACCCAGCCAUCCGAGGCAGGAUUACAACUUAUCUCAACCUCCGCUGAUCCAGGUCCAGCUUCGCCAUCUUUUGCGGAAGAUUUCAGACGUCCUGGCACCUUACCUUAUCCUGUAACGAUAAUACUCGACCGUCAUGGCGGUGACCCUAAGAAGAAGGUCGUAUACUGCUACGGUAUUGAUGCGGGUGGGAAGCCAAUACUGACGAAAAAGAAACUCCAGCUUGAACAUCGUGAUUUCGGAGGGGUUCUUGUUAACCCUGCCCCGGGAAUAUUCAAUGUCUCUUCUACACCAAACAUGAGGAAGCGUGCGAACCCUGCUGUUGGAGCAGGAAUAGACGGCGGCAUUCGCCGUGGAUACCGGCCCCUAGACACCAAGAUACAACCUUCAUCGAACCUUGAUUUCGUAUAUGUGCCCGAAGAUGGAGUAGAAGAUUUGGAAGGCUAUUUCCCAGGAGGCUAUCACCCGACACAUAUCAACGACGAGUUUUGCGGAGACAGAUAUAAGAUUAUUCACAAAUUAGGCUACGGCUCCUAUUCCACUGUUUGGCUCGCUCAUGAUCGUGAAAAGAACCGCCAUGUUUCGUUGAAAAUUGCCAUUGCCAAGGCCUCAAGGAACAAUUCCGAGUCUGAAAUCUUGCGGCAUCUCCAGAGCAGAGAUGUCUGUCAUCCGGGCCGUGAAUAUGUUAUCUCCUUGCUAGACGAGUUCUCGUUUGAUGGGCCUAAUGGCCGCCAUACCUGCCUGGUGACUGAUGCCGCUGGACGCAGUAUUGCGGAGUCUAAAGAGAAUAGUCUAGACUUCAUGUUUCCUUUACCGACUGCACGAGCCAUUGCCGCUCGAGUUGUUAUGGGUCUUGCCUAUAUGCAUUCCAAAGGAAUCGCUCACGGAGAUCUGCACUGUGGUAAUAUCCUUCUCCAGACUGUCGACUUUGAUGCUUUAAGCACGGAACAGAUACGUGGCCGAUUUGGAGUACCAUUUAAGAUGCCUAUUACUCGUGUGGAUAAGGUCCCUACUGGGCCAGAAGCCCCUCUCUACGCUGUUGUGCCGAUGAAUCUAAUGGUCCCAAGUGAUAAGGUCGUGGAUUGCAGAAUUAAGAUCAUUGAUCUUGGAACUUCGUUCUUUCCCGAUAAACCGCCAAAGAAACUAUAUACACCGAAUACCCUUCUUCCUCCCGAAGGGUUUUUUCACGAAACCAUUACACCGGCUGCUGACCUAUGGACUCUUGGUUGUAUUCUCUAUGAGAUCCUAGGUGAACGACCCCUCUUUGAGACAUUAUUUGGAGAUCCGGACGAUGUGAUUGGAGAAAUGUCAGCGCGCCUAAAUCACCCGGGCAGAGAGAUGAUGCUCAGAACAGAGAUUAAGAAGCAGCAGAAGCAGGGCGUCAAUACAAGCACCGUGGACGCACCCACGACCCGACGGAAGAAAUCUGAAGCCCGAAUUGUGACAUGGCAUGAGGCCCCCAAAUGGCAACGGGAUAAUAAAUACAUCCUCAGCGGCUACCGCCGAGAAAAAGCAGAUUAUUUGGAGAUCCUCGCCAGCCUGACAUUCUUGCACAAUGAGACUUGUAAUGUGUAUACCCACCUGGUCGGGGCAUUACUCCUACCGAUUAUCGCGACUACUUUCAUGCGCGUCCUCUCUGAGCCUCAACUCUUCAAUGUCUCUAGAACAGACUAUGUCAUGUUCGGGAUCUUCUUUUUGUGUGCGGAGUGUUGUUUAAUCUUCAGCGCGGCAUACCACCUAGUGGGACCCUACUCGCAUGGCGUAGAACAGUUCUGGCAUCGAAUGGACCUGCUGGGGAUUGUCAUUGUGACUGUGGGAACAUUUAUUCCAGGCAUCUAUUAUAUUUUUAUCUGUGAUCCGGGCUUGCAAAAAUUGCACUGGGCCAUCAUCAUAGUCUCAGGUUGCGCUACUGCUGCUCUGAUCUCGAUACCUAGGUUCAGAACGUUGCGCUGGCGAAAGGUGAGGGUGGGCGCUUACAUUGCGCUCGGCGCGUCGGCAUUCAUUCCCCUAUUGCAUGGAGUGCAGCUAUACGGGCUCGAGUACAUGCUUCAGUACUCAGGAAUGAAAUGGUAUCUGCUAGAGCUUGUUCUCUAUGGCGGCGGAUCUCGAACUCCAGAACGCUUCGCUCCGGGUAAAUUCGACAUCUGGGGCAGCUCACAUCAGAUCUUUCACGUUUCCAUCUUCGUCCAGGCCGCUCAUCGAGCUGGCCAAAGUUAA